AUGGCUACGCCAGUUUCCAAAGAUGUCAUAGAAGGAAUCUAUAAGAAGAAACUAGGUACUCCCGCAACACCUCAUGGCCGGCAGUACCAGUGUCUGAUACAUAUAGAAGUCAAAAAUCUGCGAUCUGAGAAUUCUGUGAGUCAAAUCAACGUUCUACCUUCAACAGUGCUGAGUUUCCUUAGCUACAACUUCGUCUGCAGAUUACUAGAGAUAAAGAAAAUCCCGCAUCAAUUGCCUAUUAAGCAAACACCAUACAAAAGACUACCAAUAGGAAUGGCAGUGCCUGAAAUGCUCAAAGCAUCAUCACGUCACCAUGUUUUCAAAAAUCAGGGAAACAACAAGAUUCGAAAAAGAAGCCGUAACCGUCAAGCUCGAACGCAAAAGUUCGAGAAUCAAGAGCUUAACAGGUUCACUUUGCAUCCCACUCCAUGUCCAUGA